AUGUCGUCCAAUAGCAUAAAGCUGCUAGCAGGUAACUCGCACCCGGACCUAGCUGAGAAGGUCUCCGUUCGCCUAGGUGUACCACUUUCGAAGAUUGGAGUGUAUCACUACUCUAACAAAGAGACGUCAGUUACUAUCGGCGAAAGUAUCCGUGAUGAAGAUGUCUACAUCAUCCAGACAGGAACGGGGGAGCAGGAAAUCAACGACUUCCUCAUGGAACUGCUCAUCAUGAUCCAUGCCUGCCGGUCAGCCUCUGCGCGGAAGAUCACAGCGGUUAUACCAAACUUCCCUUACGCAAGACAAGACAAAAAGGACAAGUCGCGAGCACCGAUAACUGCCAAGCUGGUGGCCAAGAUGCUAGAGACCGCGGGGUGCAACCACGUUAUCACGAUGGAUUUGCACGCGUCUCAAAUUCAGGGUUUCUUCCACAUUCCAGUGGACAACCUAUAUGCAGAGCCGAACAUCCUGCACUACAUCCAACAUAAUGUGGACUUCCAGAAUAGUAUGUUGGUCGCGCCAGACGCGGGGUCGGCGAAGCGCACGUCGACGCUUUCGGACAAGCUGAAUCUCAACUUCGCGUUGAUCCACAAAGAACGGCAGAAGGCGAACGAGGUCUCGCGGAUGGUGUUGGUGGGUGAUGUCGCCGACAAGUCCUGUAUUAUUGUAGACGACAUGGCGGACACGUGCGGAACGCUAGUGAAGGCCACUGACACGCUGAUCGAAAAUGGGGCGAAAGAAGUGAUUGCCAUUGUGACACACGGUAUAUUUUCUGGCGGCGCCCGCGAGAAGUUGCGCAACAGCAAGCUGGCACGGAUCGUAAGCACAAAUACGGUGCCAGUGGACCUCAAUCUAGAUAUCUACCACCAAAUUGACAUUAGUGCCAUUUUGGCCGAGGCAAUUAGAAGGCUUCACAACGGGGAAAGUGUGUCGUACCUGUUCAAUAACGCUGUCAUGUAG